GAUUCUUAUUAACAAAGUUUGAUUUGCAAUUUAGGGUACUUUUUGCUAUUUUCAAAUUUCUCAUUGUUUUGCUUGGUUUCUUGUAAUUAUUCGUAAUAAGCGACAGCGUGAGAAACUGACUUUGCUCAGAUCUGAGAACAAGAGGGGCUAUUAUAAGAACGGCAGGUUUGUUAUUUAGGACAUGCCAUCUACUACUCUGGAAGUCGAAGAGCAUCAAGUGUCGGCUCCAGUCGCAGAUCGCGACUCAAGUGGAACAGCGUCAGCUGUGGAUCAGAAGCGGGUGCUGCGGUCAAGGUCGAAGGAAGAACCACCAGCUGAACACCAGUAUGCCAGGAAAAGAACCAGGGAGCGACUGUCAAAGACACCAAAACUGGACUGUGGCGCAAAACUGCGUGUCAGAGAGACGCUGUGCUUUCCAUAUGAAAAGGACAUGCCAUCUACUACUCUGGAAGUCGAAGAGCAUCAAGUGUCAGCUCCAGUCGCAGAUCGCGACUCAAGUGGAACAGCGUCAGCUGUGGAUCAGAAGCGGGUGCUGCGGUCAAGGUCGAAGGUCAAUUUAGCCUCAGGGAAAUAA